AUGAUCACGAAUGACGAAAUUCCUGCCAACUACGAGACUAGAACUGGAGAAACAGCGCUACUUGCCGCUGUAUCUGCGAAGAAUCUGGAUGCGCUCGCGAUGCUGAUGACAAGUGGGGUUUCCAUCGAUACUCCCAACCGACAAGGUUACACCCCUCUCAUGAAAGCCAUAGCUGUGGCCGUGCCGCAACACAGAUGUGCAUCUAAACAAUUGAUCCUAACUGAUCAAUCCGGAAGAACUGCGUUUGACUGGGCGAAACUCACGGGGAACACGCAAGCGCUCGAGUGGUUGGAGAAUCGACAGCGCGAGAAAUCGCUCAAGCAUCAAAGUCUCGCGAACCGCCAGGAUCGAGUGGCCCAAUGCCAAGCGCUUUUGAGCUACCACGAAGAAUGUAUCCAACGGAUCGAAAGCUUGAUUGCGCUUCAGUUUUUCGAUGAAAACGGACUGGUCGAGUUCCUGAAAGCCACGACGAUAUCAGUAUCCGAAUUUACUAGAGCGUUUAACGAUCUCAAGGCGAUGGACAACACCCCAAGAGCUUUACCGUUCCGAUCACAAUUCUUCGUCAACAUUGAAACACGAGAAGGGUGGACGCCAUUGACGAAAUGUGCAGCUUUCGGCUACGCUUUUGGCGUUCAGGAAUUGGUAUCGAUGGGUGCCGAUUAUCGUUACGAAACGAGACUUCGACAUACGGCUAUGACAUGGGCAUCCUACUGUGGACACGAAGCUGUAGUUCUGCACUUGCUUCGCGUUGGAGUGGACGUGAACCAGAAGACACGAGAUGGUAAAACUGCGCUGAUGCAUGCGAUCAGCAACUCGCAAGCCAAGAUUGUGCAUCAUUUACUCAUCGCUACUCGUGACGAGUGUUUUCCAAUCGAAUGGCACAAAACGUUCUUGAAGACGAUGAAAUGGCAGGAUCGAACUGGCAAAGACGCUCUCAAACUGGCACAAGAUGCGGUAGAACAGACAGAGGCGAUGUAUACAGAGUUACCGGACGUGUAUAGCUCUGACCAAGAGGAGGAGCUACCCCCGGCAGUUCAUGUUCUUUGGCAGGUUCAAAUUGCGCUCAAAGACGCAGAAGACCACAGGAAAUACGUCGAACUCCACGCUGAACGUACCAAGCUCACUACGUGUCACAAUGAUAACUGCAGCUUCGUGGCUCCUAAAGAUAUGUUACCGACGCAUGAGCAACAUCAUUGCAUGAAACGCACUAUCAAGUGUGAAAAUUGCGAUUCUAUCUUGAUAUUUGAAGAUCGAGGUCGCCACGAUACGCAGACGUGUCCUAUGCGGCGUGUCCAAUGCUCCAACUUCCAGUUUGGCUGUCACGAGCAAAUUCUCUUCCAAGACAGAGAAUUUCAUCUCAAUUAUCACUGUCGAAAGAGGGCGAUAAAAUGUCGUCUUCUGUGCGGAACCACGGUACAUCACGACGAGUUAGAUGAGCACGAAAGUGCUCGAUGCUCUUUGCGAAUAAUUACAUGUGACCAAGGGUGUCAAGCGAAAUUCACUGCAAAUUUUGCGAAGAAGCAUCGACUUCAUGAGUGUCCGAAGAGAAUGGUCCCAUGUAAAGGGAAGCAUGGAGGGUGCAGUGCAUUAGUGAAAUAUGACGAGAUGGAUUUUCACUUAUCGACAUUGUGUGAGCUGAGAGAAUUGUCGUGCAAAUGGGCCUCGUAUGGCUGUGAAGAGAAGAUAGCUGGAGUUGCAGCAGGUCGAUACAUUCACGAGACUCAGGAAUGUCCAUUUCGCUUUGUAGCUUGUCAGAACGGAUGUGAGUUGAGUGGACAAUUCUUGGCUUGCUUUGCGGAGGAACAUUACCGUUGGCAAUGUAUGCUUGAAAGAAUCCCGUGUCCGAAUAAAUGUCAAGACAAACAGACAGGAGAAGUGCUGCAACUGUCGAGAGAGUUGAUGAUGGCUCAUGUGUUACAGGACAGUGGCGAUUGCCCAUUGAGGGAAACGCAUUGUCCAUUGGAUUUGUGUGGCAAGCAUGUUCGACUUGUCGAUAAGUGCCGAAUUCUGACAUACGACCCAACUAAAUCCCAACAUUUACUUGAAUUUUCAAAUGGUCACUCAGAGUGGACGUCACUCGAACUACAUUGUUGCCACCGCUUGGUGCCUUGUCCACUCGACUGUGGCCAACGACUUCCAGCGCAUACUGCUGAAUUUCACCUGGCAAAGCGCUGCAAUAUGCGCAAUACUGUGUGUCGACUUGGGUGUGGAGAAAUUAUGGCAUUUGGACUUGUUUCGGAACACGAAUCGGGUUAUUGCGAAUUUCGAUCUGAAUUUUGCGAGUAUUGUCAUUUUUCCAUUUCGAUUGAAAAUUUAGAGACGCAUCUUGACAAGGAGUGUCAGCAACGACCUCGAGGCUGUAGACUUGGUUGCUCGCGUAAAGUGGCGUGGUCUGAUGUCAAGGAACACGAGGCUAAUCAGUGUCCUAAACGUCGGAUAAAAUGCAGGAUCUGUCAAGGAGAUAUUUGGUUCUGCGAACUUGAAAAUCACGAAAAGGAUGAAUGUCCGCUGCGAAUUUAUGGACAAUGUGACGAUAGCUGCGGACAAAAUUUACGCUACAACGAAAUUGCUCAUCAUCUUCUCUUCAAUUGCACGAAACGGGUUGUUAAAUGCAAAUAUUGCAAACAGCGAUUGAAAUUUGAUACUCUUCAAGAGCACCACGAGUUAUUAUGUCCUCAGCGAGUAGUAAACUGCCGGAGAGGGUGUGGAACGCACAUCAAGGAGCUUGACAGCGACCUACACGAAAGUGAAGAGUGCUCCAAGCGCUUGCUCUUCUGUGAGAAUCAGUGUGGGUUACAUGUACCGUACUGCGAGAUGGAGGAACAUUUGGAGGCCAAAUGCACGCUGAGAGUCAUGAUGUGUCCCACUGGUUGUCGGGAAAUGGUAUUUGCCUAUCUUUAUGAAGAUCACUGGAAACGUUGUCGCCAACGUGUUGUUCCCUGUGGCGUUGGUGGGAAAUUAUGUGCUCGUCCGAUUCGUGUCUGGCACAUGGACAGCAAACUUGUGCGUUGUGUCGUCCACAAUGAAAACGCACUUCUCUGGGCUCUAAAAUCCCAGGACUUGGAUCUUGCGACGUAUUUCUUGCAGAAUGUCGAUGCGUUCAACGUGGUUAAUGAAGAGUUCGCGAAUGGCUUCUCACCUCUAGUACUUGCGGCCUCGUUAGGAAACAUUGACCUAAUUCAGCUUCUAUUUCGUUUCGGAGCUGACGUCAACUUGGAGACGUCACGUGGCCGAACUCCGCUGUCUGAAGCUUGUAUGGCUCAGGAUGUGGACAUCGUUAAGUUGCUGAUCGAGAAUCGAGCUUGUGUGUCGCACACCAACAAACAAGGUAGAAACCUUUUAGAAAUGAUUAUUCACUUGCUGGAAGACCAAGUAGAACUUGAGCGCGCCCAGCGUGACCUCUUUAUUGCAAUAUCGUGCUCGAACUACGACCAUUUGAUCGAACAUUUCAAAUACUCUGCAAAAACCCGAAGUCAUACACAUUUUGUCAAUCCAUUGGAGACACUGCAAGAGUUAGUAACUGCGAAAGAGAAACAAGCAAAUACUGUGCGUGCAGAACUAGAUGAAGCCAUCCAAGUAUUCAACGAGAGUAUUGCUGAAACAGAGGCCAAACGCGUCCAAGCUAUCCAAUUAUCCUCUCAAGUCGACGAUAGCUGUCGACGUCUACAGAACGUUGAGAAAGAUGAAGAAGCGUCCGACAUCGACUCUAGUGCAUUGGAAGCUGACAUGCUUGCUAUGAUCCGUCAAAUCACGGCGCAAGACAUCGCUCAGUUACUCAAUUCACACGUUCCGUCCGACACUUCGUUAGUCGUAGUAAAAGCUCUCUCAUUGCUGUGUGGAGUGGUGCCUCGCGGACGACGGAAUGCAACGGAAUACACUGACGUCGAGUGGUGGAAAACCGCCCAAGCGUUGCUCAUGGAUCGUAGUCUGCUGCGUCAACUGCGUGGGUAUCGCCAACAAACAAUUUCUCCCGAAGUCAUGGCUAAAGUCCGUCGUGAAUGCUUGAAAACACCGGCGUUUGCUGCCUGCUCGGCGGAAUUUAAGGCGAACCGUGCGAGUUUCAAAACUGAGUCUGGAGAGCGUAGUUUAAAUAGUCGAAUUCCUCCGAUCGAGACAUUACGCGGCAACAUCAUAGGGAUGUUAGCGACGUGGGUUCAAGGUGUUGAGCUUGAGUAUAAGACUCGAGCGGAGCGUCAAGCGCUCGUGGAACGUAAACGCCAGCUCGAAGUCGCUCUCACAAUGGCUCGUGAAAGGCAACAACAUUCCAGAUUUGAGGCACAAGUUGGGGUUCGCUCUCUUCCAGCACGACAAGAAGAAGUCGAAGCUGUUCGUACUCAACAUGACGUUGCGAGGAAGGAGGUUGAGGCUGCUAAAAAGCGUUUAGACACGUACAAACUCCUCAACUAUGCCGCUCUAAGUGGCCACACGCCGCUGACUUUUGCGUGUGCUGUGGGAAACGAAGCCAUCAUUCACAUGUUGCUAUCUCAUGGCGCCUGCAGUGGUCACCAAUUCGAGGAGCAGAACCUCUGUGCGUCUUUCAUUCAAGCACUUGUACGAGAUUUCCAAUACCGAAAAAAGUUUGAACGUCAGCGACGUCUCCAAGAACUGAGUAGAGGAGGCACUAAUUCUCGCUCCGACGCCGCCACUGAAGCUCUUGUGAGGAAUGUGGCUCAUUCGUUCAUUGUCGGGCACUACCAACGCAAGCUGGUGCAUUUCAGGCAGACCCAUAGAGUCGCAAUCCACGAAGCGAUUAUCAACGGGAAUCCCGAAAUUGCAGCGAUUUUACUGUCGAAAGGAGCCAAGUUAUGGCAAAAGACAUACGUGCUGCCAGAGCGAGUUUAUCCGGGCUCUCUACUUGAGAGUGUCGCCCCCAUAUCGAAGGCGUCGCUAGAAAUGGCUAAACGACAGGGUAAGUGGAAACUGCAGCCGCUUGCAAUGGACAAAAAGAACUCACAAAAAGCUCAAGAAGAUGAUGACUUUGGAAAGCCGAUGACAGUGGCAGAUACGCUGAGUUGCGCGGUGAAAUACUACGAUAGCCGUUUGUUUGAUGCCUCGAGAGGAUGGGAACCCGACGUGACAGCUUACUCUACUACAGCUGAAUUUCAACUGAUGAGCAGAAGAAACGUCAUCCGGAAAACUACCGAGCUCAAGGAAAAGCAUGCGGCGCUCGAGACAGCCAUCAUUUCUCGUGAUUUCGUUGCCAUCUCGCGUUUGCUGGAUGACGGGGCAUUCGCAGACUAUGAGACGAGUGGUGGAGCCAUGUCUGCUCUCAUGGCUGCUUGUGUUGAAGAAGUUUACGUUGAGAACGAGGAUGGAAAGGAUGUGCUAGCGGCUGAAUAUUUAUUAGACCGCACGAUGAACCGUCCACUUGUGGAUUUGGAGAGCUCUCGUGGACUCACAGCGUUGGGAACAGCAGCAUUCUUCGGUACAUUAAAGUGCGCUCAAGCGUUGAUCGAGCGUGGCGCACGCGUAAAUUUUGCUGCGCGGUUAAACGGACACACAGCACUCAUGAUCGCCGCAACGAAUGGGAAAGUAGAGUUCGUACGCUACUUGCUGGCUAGCAAAGGAGUUGAUGUGUUUCUGCGAGAUAGCAGUGGAAAGACAGCCUCCGAUUAUGCUCGCACUAGUGGCUUCACUGCGAUCGCUGGUCUUUUAGAGGCAGCAAUGGGUGGCAAACACGACCGUGUAGUGAAUACCAUAUCCGGGUUGUAUGGAGUUUGUAAGUGGGGGUGCGGCUUCAUGACUCUGUUCGAGGACCACCUUGUCCAGAAAGCUCGAAUUGUCAAGAACAUUAACCCUUUACAAGAACAUGAGCUGCAUCGCUGCCUCAAACGCCUCGUGACCUGUCCAAAUGGCUGCGAUAUCACAGAGUUAUGGGCUGAAGAUGUGAAAGAUCAUAGUCAACAUACUUGCGAGCUUCGACUUGUCAAUUGUUCUAACCAGAAAUGCACUGUCCGAUUUCUCUUUAAAGAUCGUGGAAAACACCUUCAAGACGAGUGCGAAUAUCGUGUUAUCGUUUGCGAAUGUGGUGAAGCUAUGAGCUACCAGCGUCACGUAUUGCACGCAAAGACACAAUGUCCGAUGCGUCUCGUUCCAUGUCCGUUGCAAUGCUUAAAACCGAAUGACGCGCAGUCUCAAGAGUUUCAACUUCGGUGGCAAGAUGUGAGGAUCCAUGUGAAUGGAAACUGUUCUCACCGCCAGGUGCGCUGUCGAAAUGGUUGCGCCAUCAAUGAUUUACUAUUGAAGGACCGUGUUCGGCACGAAACGGAAGUCUGUCUGCUUCGACGUGUUGAGUGUGCAUGGGGCUGCAACGAGACUGUACUUGCGAACGCUCAAGCUCUUCACGAGCGUGAGGAAUGUGAACUGCGUCAACAAAGCUGUCCGAAUCGCUGUGGCUACAAUAAUGUUCCUGUACGGGAGUUGGAUGAACAUAUAUCCGUAAAAUGCUCUCGGAGAUUGGUACAGUGUUCCUUAGGCUGCGGUCGUCGAACUCCGCUACAUACAAUUGAUACUCACAUAUCUCAAGACUGCCGCAAGCGUACGAUCACGUGUGGACACUGUCACCAAUCGUUGAAAGAGGAAGACCGAAUGACUCACCAAAAACAGUGUCCACAUCGACUGGCAGUGUGCGGUUUGUGCGGACAGACGAAUCUAUCGCACUUACAAAUGGCUCAUCACCGAAAAGAGGAAUGUAAAAUGCGUCAGGUGACAUGCAAGUACCAAUGUUCGGUGAAAACGCUAGUGGCUCAUGAAAAGGAGCGUCACGAAAUGUGGGAAUGUGCAUAUCGACCGAUUUGGUGUUCGCUUGGCUGUGGCGAAGUGUUUAUCUGCAACACAGUAAAAGAACAUCAGCGUUCAUGCACCAUGCGUUUUGUUGAUUGUGGGUAUGGCUGUGGUGAGGAGCUCCGAGAAAAGGACCGUGCUGACCACGAACAGUACCAUUGUAGCCUGAACAAAGUGCAACAAAAAACGUAG